AAAAGGAAAACAAAAGACAAAAAAUGGUAACGCCUUUGGCCAAACUUUAUCUCUUUCUCUUCCUAUAAGAAUUGGAUACCUUCGAAAUUUCGUACUCAAAAUCAGCUUCUCUCAUUCUCUCUUUCACUUGAUAGAUUGAGCUUCUUUAGGUUCCAUCUUGCUUGUACUUGGCUGCAUAAAAAAGGAAAAAACUAGUUUUCAACGAUGCUGGAAAAGAUGGAAAUUCUGGACGUUGAAAAGCUAAUAGGAGAUUUCGAAGUAAUGACCAAAGAUGCUGAGAAUGUUCAAAGACAGACUUUAAAGAUGAUUUUGGAAGAAAAUGGAUGCGCGGAGUAUUUGCAGAAUAUGGGCCUCAAUGGCAGAACUGACCCUGAAAGCUUCAAGGCUUGUGUUCCUCUCGUCACUCACAAGGACUUGGAGUCUUAUAUUCAAAGAGUUGCUGAUGGUGCUUUUUCUCCGAUUCUCACCAGAAAACCGAUAACAACCAUUUCUCUCAGCUCUGGCACUACUCAAGGAAAGCCCAAAUUUGUGCCUUUCAAUGAUGAAUUGAUGGAAACUACUUUGCAGAUAUAUCGUACUUCCUUUGCUUUCAGAAACAGAGAAUUUCCUAUUGAGAAUGGGAAGGCUUUGCAGUUCAUUUACAGUAGCAAGCAGAGCAAGACCAAAGGGGGUUUGUUUGCUGGAACUGCAACCACCAAUGUUUUUCGCAAUUCGCAGUUCAAAAAAGCGAUGACAGCAAUGCAAUCUGAGUGUUGUAGCCCUGAUGAGGUGAUAUUUGGUCCUGAUUUUCACCAAUCUUUGUACUGCCAUCUUUUAUGCGGGCUGAUUUUUCAUGAGGAAAUUCAGUUGAUUUCCUCUACUUUUGCACAUAGCAUUGUUCUUGCAUUUCGAACUUUCGAAAAAGUUUGGGAAGAGCUCUGUGAUGAUAUAAGAGAAGGGGUCCUCACAAGCCGGAUCACUUUACCUUCUGUUCGAUCUGCUAUGGCCAAAUUGCUGAAGCCAAAUCCUGAAUUGGCUGAUUUGAUUGAGAAUAAAUGUUCAAGAUUAAGUCAUUGGUAUGGAUUAAUACCAGAGCUGUUCCCUAAUGUUAAAUACAUUUAUGGGAUCAUGACUGGGUCCAUGGAGCCUUAUCUGAAAAAGUUAAGGCAUUAUGCUGCGGAUGUGCCUCUUAUAAGUGCUGAUUACGGUUCUUCUGAGGGGUGGAUUGGGGCAAAUAUCAAUCCAAGUCUACCUCCUGAGUCAACUACUUAUGCUGUGCUUCCUAAUAUUGGGUAUUUUGAGUUCAUUCCUCUGAAAGAGAAUGUUGAGGAACACAUGCAAGAAAAUGGUAAUGUUUCUUUCCUUUCCACGGUGCCAAAGCCAGUGGGUCUCACUGAAGUUAAGGUUGGUGAAGAAUAUGAGGUUAUCAUCACAAGCUUUGCAGGUUUAUACAGGUAUAGGCUAGGGGACGUGGUCAAGGUUAUGGGCUUCCAUAACUCAACCCCGGAACUGAAAUUUGUUUGCAGGAGGAAUCUCAUGCUCACCAUAAACAUCGACAAGAACACCGAGAAAGAUUUACAACUUGCCGUGGAAGAAGCCGCCAAGUUAAUUGCCGAAGAAAAGUUGGAAGUGAUUGAUUUCUCUAGUAAUGUGGACGUAUCAACUGACCCAGGUCAUUAUGUGAUCUUUUGGGAAAUUAGUGGGGAAGUAAGCGACGAGGUCCUAAAAGAAUGUUGCAAUUGUUUGGAUCGAUCUUUCGUGGAUGCAGGCUAUGUUAGUUCACGCAAGGUCAAUGCCAUUGGUCCCCUCGAGCUCCGAGUUGUUUGGAAGGGAACUUUCCAUAAGAUUCUUGAUCAUUAUUUAGGAUUAGGAGCUGUUAUUAGUCAAUUCAAAACACCGCGAUGCGUGGGGCCAACAAAUAAUAAAGUGUUACAAAUCUUGUGUGAUAAUGUUGUCAAAAACUAUUUUAGUACUGCUUUCUAGAAUGUAAAAUUUUAUCGUAUUUCUAUUUAUAUAUUAAUAAAUAAAGUGCGUUUAUUCGCUUAA